CGGUCGCCAGCUGGAUUUAACUCCAUUCACCACCCCUCUCUGGGCCCGGCCCUCCAGCCAGCUCCUUACCCAGCAAUGAGUGUACCUGUCCAAGCCACGGGCUGCCAGCUUCUCCAGGAGAAUACCAUGGGAGACAGUGUGGAAGCCUUUGCUGAAGUCUAAGUAGAUCUAAUCAACAGCCUCUCCCUCAUCCACCCAGCGGGUCACUUGAUUAUAGAAGGAGAUCUUGUUGGUCAAGCAGGACCUGCCCUUCACAAACACAUGCUGGCUGGACCUGAUCCCCCGCUUGUCCCGAGAUGGUUGUUCCUCUUGUUUAUGAUUUAUUACAGUUGUCAUGACCCCAUUCAUAUAAGAAUUUGGGAGUGGAGUUCACUCCAUGUCUCUUGUAAUCUGUUGGUGUCCCUAGUUGCCAUAGGGCAGACCACCAGCCCCAGCAACCACUCAACUCCAUCAUUACACCUGUACCUUUUUAUUGCCUUUCUAGUCAAUUCCCAUAAACCUUUCUGAAGGCUUGGACUCUGAGCAGUUUGGAUAAAAAUAAAACAUCCUAAUGUGAAUGAUAAAGAAAUUAUCCCUGCAUAAUUUUUGGAGAUGUAAAAGUCAUUCUAGGAUCCAAAGGAAGCCAGUAUGUAUUGGGCCAGUGUCAUUCAGGCCCUUCCUGUGCUUCCAGAAGCGUGGAGGGACACACAGUGGGGUUGCACUUGGGGACAAGCAGCUGUGUCAUAAUCAUGGCAAUACUCUCAUCUUCCCUGUUUGUAUCAUUUAAGUGUCACUUCCAGCCCCCAAACCUGCGGUGAUCUCCAUGCUUGAAGAAGGGGAAGAGCCCUGGAUCCCAGAUGUGCAUGGCCUGGAGGACACGGCAGGAGAGCUCAGCCCGGCAGGUGUUGGGAUCACAACUGUAAAGGAGAUUCUGCAGAAGUGUGAUGUGGCUAAAUGGCAUUGGGGCAGUGCCUCGGUGGGACAAAUCAGGAGGAAUGUCCAGGGGGGCCCAGAGCAAGGAGAGCACUUCAAGAAGCAACAGGGAAACCAUCAAGGAAAGAGAGCGAGGAGCCCCCUGGACUGCAGCACAGGUCAAAGGCAGCCUGAAGAUCCAAGGAGCAAGGAAGUGUGCGAGGAGAAAAGGCAGAACCCAAGUGAUGAGUGUGGGAACAGCCUUACAAGGAAUUCCAGCCUCCUUAACCAGCAGCACAUCCUCAUGGGAGACAUUCAGUUUAAAUGCCUUGAGUGUGAAGAGAGGAACAUAAACAGUUGCGACUUGCUUAUCCACCAGCAGGACCACACUGAAGAGAAAAUAUAUAAGUGCCCUGAGUGUGGGAAGAGCUUCAGAAGCAGCUCCAACCUCGUCCGCCACCAGCGCAUCCACACAGGGGAGAGACCAUACAAGUGCCCUGAGUGUCCAAAGAGCUUCCAAAGCAGCUCUGACCUCAUUGUCCACCAGCGCAUCCACACAGGGGAGAGACCUUUUAAGUGCCCUGAGUGUCCAAAGAGCUUCAAAAGCAAUUCCCACCUCACCUCCCACCAGCGCAUCCACACGGGAGAGAGACCCUUUAAGUGCCAGGAAUGUGAGAAGAGCUUCAGAAACAGUUCCCACCUCAUCCACCACCAGCACAUUCACACGGGAGAGAGACCCUUUCAGUGUCCUGAGUGUGGGAAGAGCUUCAGCAGCAGUUCGAAUCUCACCGACCACCAGCGCAUCCACACGGGGGAGAGACGUUUUAAGUGCCCGGAGUGUGGGAAGAGCUUCAGCAGCAGCUCCAACGUCAUCAUCCACCAGCGCAUCCACACAGGAGAGAGACCCUUUAAGUGCCCUGAGUGUGAGAAGAGCUUCAGCAGCAGCUCCACCCUCAUCAACCACCAACGCAUCCACACAGGAGAGAGACCCUUCGAGUGCCCCGAGUGUGGGAAGGGCUUCAAAAGCAGCUCCGACCUCCUUGUCCACCUGCGCGUCCACACGGGAUAUAAACCUUACAAGUGCCCUGAGUGUGGGAAGAGCUUCAAAAGAAGUUCUGAACUCAAGUGCCACCAGCGCAUCCACACGGGGGAGAGACCCUUUGAGUGCUCUGAGUGUGGGAAGAGCUUCAGCAGCAGCUCCAACCUCAGCUACCACCAGCUCAUCCACACAGGAGAGAGACCCUACAAAUGCUCUGCGUGUGAGAAGAGCUUCAAAACCUCUUCCUACCUGGUUGUCCACCAGCGCAUCCACACAGGAGAGCAGCCCUACCGCUGCUCUGAGUGUGGGAAGAGCUUUAGAACCAGUUCUAAACUCAAAUCCCACAAGCACAUCCACAGGGAAGAGGAUCCAUAAAAGUGCCCUGAGUUUGUGAGGAGCUUCACAUUCAGUUCCUGCCUCGUUACCGGCCCACACAUUCUCACAGGAGACAGAGCCUGCAAGUGCCCCACGGAGCAUCCUCCUUCCCCUGACGGGUAAUGUGGUGCAGCCAUAGGGAGCACUCAGUGUAAGGAAGAUGUGUUCCAGUGCAUGCUAACUGGGAGACAGCACAGUGAGCCCAGCAGGGAAUGGUGCGUGUGGCUGAGAGCAGGGAAAUACAAACUUCAUCCAUGUUUGGUACCCACCGACCUCAAUUGCAGGACAGAUCCAACCCUUCCUUGUUCCCUUCCCCGUUCUGGUUAUCACUGAUGAAAAUCGACUUCCACUUUCCUGCCUUCUGUCCACCACUCCGUGACCUGUAGGAGAAUUGCUGUUUGGAGGCAUUUUACAGCUGUUACCAAGUCAAGUCAGAACAGCUGCGAUGCAGAUUUGAAGUUCCCACAAUGAAACCCGGCUUCAAAACCCCUUGAAUUAGCAAGCCCCGUUCCCUGAAUCUUGACUUUUGUGGAACAGAAGAGAGCACUGUAAAGAAGCAGUAUCCCAGCUGGGGUCAUGUAAGAGAUACUGCUGUGUGCCCAGCAGGCAGUGGUGCGUGUGUCCUGCUUGAAGGUCAUGAUUAUCACUCCAGUGCUCAGAGGAGAUGCUCACGUUUUCACUUGGGUGUAUUUGGAUCAGUCAGCCCCUGAUUUCUCCCCAGCCAGCAUAUCUGGGAGUCUUCCCAUGCUUUGGGUGGACUGUAGCUCCCUUCUUGACGUUAGAUCAAUUCUUGGUGUUUUGGGCCCAUGUAAAUCCUCUUCCCCCUUCCUCUGUGGCACUGGAAUUACGCAUAUAGCUCUCUUUCAUCUGGAGAUAGAGUGUUGAGGGGACAUGCAAAGGAGAGUACAGAGCGGGGCGUUGCAGUUGGCAUUGACACGGUUGAGAGCCUCUGGUUAUGGAUUAAGGGUUGAGGCACUGAAGUGGGAAUCUACUAUAAGCCACAAGCCAGAACAAUGAUUCAAAUUAAUGAGUCUUUAUGGAAUUAAGUGAUAUCCCUAGAACAGCGUCACUUGCCCUAGGCACUGGAGUUCAUCAGUGCUGGUCACAAUUUAAGAGCCAUCUCUUAAGAGCACAGGAGCAGGCAAUGUCAAACUGUUGGAAGUCAGGAAGCGGGGCCGAAGUCCAGCUCAUCUGAGCAGAGUUUUUCUUCUUGAGUUUAGGUGGAAAGGAAAGUGAAUGGACAGUGGGAGCCAGAUCAGGCAACAGGGGGGAACUACAGAAAUGCUGUCGACCGUUGUAGGGAGAGAAUUAGUGCUGUCAAAGCUCAGCUAGAGUUGAAGCUGGCCAGUAAUGUGGGGGACACUGGAAGGGCUUCUUUAAGUUACCAGGGAAAGCACGACCCCACAUAACAUUAGUUCAUUACUUGAUGAGGUUAUCGCCUUUCUAAUAGAGACAUAAAACAAGCAGAGGCAUGUAAUGCAUUCCUCUCCUCUGUCUUUAACAUUGAAAAUGGGUCCGGGGACACUCGGAGCCCAGAGCUGUGGACCAUGGCUGCAAAAACAAUAAGCUCCCAGCGGACUAUGAACUUGUGCAGGAUUUUCUGCUCCAGUUGCAUGCGUGUAAAUCUAUGGCCCAUGGGGUUUAUCCAGGGAUCCUGGGAAUCUUGAGAUGUCCUAGUGACUGGAAGCUGGCAAACAUCCCAGCUUCCAGGAAGGACAAGAAGGAAGACCUUGGCAAUUCCAGGCCUGCCAGUCUUGCUGUGGUGCCCGGCAAAAUUAUGGCAGGCAUCAUUGUGGGAAUUACUGAAAAACGCUUCAAAGACAGCACAGCACAGUACAGUUCAGGGCUGACCAGCUGGAGAGGAGCUUUGAGGAGAAGGACCUGGGUGUUCUGGUGGUCAGCAGGUUGCCCAUGAGCCAUCAGUGUGCCCUUGUGGCCAAGAAGGCCAAUGGUAUCAUGGGGUGCAUUAAAAAGAGUGUGGCCAUCAGGUUGAGGGAGGUGAUCCUCCCCCUGUGCUCUGCGCUGGUGAGCCCACACCUGGAGCACUGUGUCCAGUUCUGGGCUCCUCAGCAUGAGACAGACAGGGAACUGCCAGAGAGAGUCCAGUGGAGGGCUGCAAAGAUGAUCGAGGCCGGGAGCCGCUCCCUUAUGAGGAAGAAGAGCAAAAGAUCUGUGCAAAUUGGACAUGAUGUGGAGUGAUGAGCAUGGGGUGCUCUGAAACACAGUGAGAUGAGGUCAGCGUGGCCAUAGCCCCCCAGCACACCCUCCACUGCCCCAUUGCUCACCUUCUGUACUGCGCAGGAAAUAGAAGAGCCGCAGUGCCAGGUAGACAAGGCCCGACACCGAGACCUCCACGCCCAUCAGCAGCUUUGGCUUAGUUUCAGCUGGGAUUGAAUUGUUUUCUUCAGAGUGUGUAGUAUGACGUUAUGUUUUGGUUCCAGGAGAAAAAUAAAGUUGGGCAAUGUUUAUAGCUGCUGCUGAGCUGUGCUGUACAGAGCCAAGGCCAUGUGCAGCAAGGUGACCAGGGAAAGCUGAGAGGCAACAGAAUGAGAACAGCUGAGUGAACCUGGCCAUGGGGUUAUUCUGUAGCAUAUGAAAUCAAGCAGAAGUUUUGAAGGGGGUGGGAUUUUGCUCUCCCUCUGCUCGGGGGGCUAGCCGGGCAUCAUUCUGGGAGUGGUGAGCAAUUGCUUGUGCAUCACUUGUUAUAUACAUUUAUAUACAGAGAGAUAUAUUUGUCAUUAUUAUUAUCCUUUUCUUUUUCUCUGUCUUAGUAAAUAGCUUUAUCUCAACCCACAA